GUACUUUCGACAUCCAAAGUCCCGAAAGAUUGCCAAAUUAGUUGAAACAAGCAUCGAAACCCGAUUGUGAAUAAUUAUGACGGAGUCGUCUCGUUAUGCCGUCGGACUUUCAGUCCCAACCGAUAGUAUGUCAUUGUAUGUAUAAGGGGACAUGAGAGUCGCGGCAACAUCGAACGAUCAAUAUGCAAGAAAUAACAAACGACAACAAUCAUCUCAACACCUAAUAUUCGAAAGCAUCACUAGAUUCUCACCACUAAACUACGAAGAUGAGCUCUUUCAAGAACGUUGCUCUCCUUGGCAAAGGGCUCUUGGGAACCGCAAUCACCACUGAACUUGCCAGCGCUGGAUUCAAUGUCACGGUGUUCGGCCGCGCCCAGUCUGCCUCAGAAGACCUCCCUGCCGGUGUGCACUACAAGGCAAUUGACUACUCCUCAGUCGACACCAUCGCCACGGCCAUCAAGGGGCAGGAUGUCAUCGUCUCAACCGUCAGCAAGGGCGGCCUCCUCAUCCAGAAAACCAUCAUCGACGCCGCCAUCAAGGCCGGCGUCAAGCGCUACAUCCCUUCCGACUGGGGCUCUUUCACGACCGACCCCAAGGCGGCGGCUGAGCUCACCGUCAUGAUGAAGCCCUUGACCGACACGCAGAACUACCUCAAGGAGAAGGUCGGUGAGAUCGAGUACACAAUCUUCUCCGUCGGUGGCUUCACCGAUCUUGUCGUCAAGUUCCCCAUCGCCUUUGACUACGCGAACAAGACGGCCGCCAUCACGAACGGGGGCCACGCCCGCUUCGCAAGCACUAGUCUCGCUGGUAUCGGCAAGGCUGUUGCAGGCGCCCUGAAGAACCCGGAGGCGACCAAGAACCGCAACCUGAAGCUUCAAGAGUUUGAAGUCUCCCAGUCGCAGUUGCUUACGCUUGCCAAGAAGUACUCACCGCCCGGCACUGAGUGGAAGGAGACCGAACUUGAUGGGGAGGUUGAGCUGGAAAAGAACCUGAAGGCCGCUCAGGAGGACCCGACCAACGAGUUCAAGAUGUUUAGUCUAAUCAAGGCUGCCCUCCUUAGCGGCAGAUACAAGUCUGCUUACGACAAGCUCGAUAACGAGCUUGUGGGCCUCCCGCUUCUGCCCGAGAAGGAUCUGGAGGCUAGGUUCGCGGCCGUUUACAGUUCCUAGACCGUUAUGCCACUCUACAUGGUCGAAUAUGUAUGGUGAGGCUUCCCUCCAACUAGGCUUUGAAACGUAGAGGAUGAACUGCAUGUUCAUGCUUUCACAUAGUAGAGAAUAGACUUCGUUCAGGCAGUUGUGGCGUCGUUGCGUGUGCCGAGAGGAAUGGACCACGAGCCAAAUGUGAC